AUGUGGUUCCUUCUCUUCCAAUUCCAGCAUAAAGCUUUAGCAGCAGAAGAAUCUGUUGGAGCAUUUCAAAAGCUACCCAUGGUGAUGCCGUCAGUUGAUAUUCUUUAUUCAGCACUGAGGAAGGCAAGAAGGGUCUCACCCACAAAAGGGAUUGCCAAUGCAGCCAAGCGCGAGAGAAAUAAAGGUGCAAAGCAACUUGAUGCAUUGAUGAAGGAAUUGGCUGUUCCUUUAAGGAUGUACAAGGAGAACUUCCCAAAUAAAAAACAUUUGCACCCUUAUGAACGGUCUCUUAUUGAAUUGACUCUUGGAGAUGGAAAUUACGAAGAGGUAUUGGGGAAAGUUGAUGCUUUAAGGAAGAAGGUGAUUUCUGUGGGAAAGGAGCAUGCUUCGCUUUGUGCUAAGUCCACAUCAAAGCGAGAAGCAGAAGAACGACUGAGUGAGGGAAGGGAGAAACUUGAAGAGGUUUUUCGUUGUGAUGGAAAAGCUGUUGAUGAUUUAUUAGAUAUUGCAAAGAUUCUGCGUGCAAUGCCAGUGGUGGAUUUGGAAACACCUACCCUUUGUCUUGUUGGAGCUCCUAAUGUGGGGAAAUCAUCUCUGGUCCGGAUACUUUCAACGGGGAAGCCUGAGUUAGAUCUGCAACUACCCAUUUACGACUCGAGGAAUUCUAAUGGGUCACAUUGCUUUCAGCUACCAGAAUUUCCAGGUGACAGACACACCUGCCUACUGAGGAGACAUGAUGAUGACAGGAAUAAUUUGGAAAAGUUAACACUUGCUGUCCUGUCUCAUUUGCCGACUGCAGUAUUAUAUGUUCAUGAUCUUUCUGGAGAAUGUGGAACCUCGCCUUCGGAUCAGUACAUCAUAUACAAGGAAAUAAAAGAAAGAUUCAGUGACCAUCUUUGGCUUGAUGUUGUUUCUAAAUGUGAUCUGCUCCAAGAAUCUCCAGUUGUUUUUAUAACCGAAGAUACAAAUGCUGAUAAUCCUGAGCUGGCAAAGUACCGGAGAAUGGGACCUGACGGAGCCAUCCCUGUCUCAGUAAAGAGUGAAGUUGGGCUCAAUGAGGUUUGUCAUUUUAUGACCUCUGAAGGCUAG